AUGUCUCAAGGUAGUUUAAGAAGACAUCUAUUCCAGUGGGAGGAAGAAGGGUUAAAACCCCUUGAGUGGACUACACAGCUUACUAUUGCAUUGGAUGUGGCCAAAGGGGUAGAAUAUUUGCAUACUUUGGCUCUUCAAUGUCAGAGUUACAUACACAAAGAUCUAGAACCGGCAAACAUUCUUUUGGGAGAUUAUAUGCGUGCAAAGGUUUCUGACUUUGGCUUGGUCAGGGCUACAGAAGAGGGCAGAGCAUCUAUCAGGACAAAGUGUGUGGGAACAGCUGGUUACAUUGCACCUGAAUAUCAAAUGACUGGAAGGGUAACUACAAAAGUUGAUGUAUUCAGUUUUGGAGUCAUUCUCAGGCAACUAGUAACAGGGCAGGAAGCUUUAGACGAGAAUCGAUCUGAAUAUGAUCAUCAUAUCUUUACUUGGUUCAGGAAAUUUUUCAUCGACAACAACUCUAUAGGAAAAGCCAUUGACGAAACCAUCGAGCUCAACGAAGAAACCUGCACCGUCAUUGAUGAGGUAGCAAAACUGGCAAUUCACUAUUGCGCCAAGGAACCUGCACGGAGACCUGAGAUGAGUUAUAUUGUCUCUAUGUUGACAUCAAUCAUAGUACAUUGGGCACCUAGUGAGAUUGAAGAGGAAGAUGAAGAUGAUACAAGUGCAACAAUUUCAGAGAUCAUAAAGGGAUGGAAGGAGCCCAGUGGUGUUGUUGUUGGCGAUGAGCUUCCUGGUUAUACAGUCUUAGGAUGCAAUAACGUCAUAGGUCACCAUGUCGUGGUUGGUGUUAAAUGUCAAGACUUGAAGUACAAGAAUUGGGAUGAUGCUUUCUUUGCAUUGGUGACAACAAUUGUUUGUACCGAGAUUAAGUUUCCUACCGGUAGCAUCUUCCACCAGCUAGUAUAUUUGGAGCCACAUACAAAUAAAGAAGCGUGGUGGAAUCUACUUUCGAUCAUGCUCGAUAGUUCUCCUCAAUUGCAAUUCCUCGAGCUCAUUGAUUCUCGGCCACUGGGUUCAAGAAAAGAUCUUGUGGCUCAUGGGACAUGGAACCAACCAAAUAAUGUUGCGGAAUGUUUGUUGCAUCAUCUCGAGACAUUUGUGAGGAAUGGUUACAAAGAGCAACUAGAAGAGUCUAAUAUCUUCGUCUCCGCUACGCUACCUAUUCACUUUAAGCUUGGAAAAAAGCUUUAA